AGUUGCAAUCAACCAAUUCAUUAGAAGAACACGGAAUGGCUGCCUCCUAUGCGUUACAUGUGGCUGUAGUUGUGUAGAAUAUACAUUUUGUUAUUCAGCAGACAUUGGGUUUCUACGAUAGUAUUUAACACGAUUUGAAAAGGGGAACAACGUAAGACUAGCACAAAAAUGCAGCACGACGACGUGAUAUGGGACAUAAUUGGAAAUACACAAUUCUGCUCCUAUAAAGUGAAGACCAAGACACAGGGUUUCUGUCGCAACGAGUACAACAUCACAGGACUUUGUAAUCGAGCAUCGUGUCCUCUUGCCAAUAGCCAAUAUGCGACCAUUCGAGAAGAUAAAGGUCAGUGUUUUCUGUACAUGAAGGUGAUUGAGAGGGCAGCUUUCCCCGCACGUAUGUGGGAAAAGGUAAAGUUAAGUAAAAACUAUGAGAAGGCUCUGGAACAGAUUGAUGAGAACCUUAUCUACUGGCCACGGUUUAUCCGACACAAGUGCAAACAGCGUUUCACCAAGAUCACACAGUACCUCAUCCGCAUUCGCAAGCUCACGCUAAAGCGACAGAGAAAAUUGGUCCCCUUGAGUAGAAAAGUGGAGAGGAGAGAGAAGAGGAAAGAGGAAAAAGCUCUUAUUGCUGCACAACUUGACAACGCCAUUGAGAAAGAACUCUUGGAAAGGCUGAAACAGGGAACGUAUGGCGACAUUUAUAACUUCCCCAUCCACGCCUUUGACAAGGCUCUGGAGAAACAGGAUGAGGAGACCGAGUCAGAGGAAGAGGAGGAGGAGGAAGAAGAAAAGGAUGUUGGCCAGAAAGAGUUUGUUGCAGAAGAUGAGAUUGAGGAGAGUGACCUAAGUGACUUUGAGGACAUGGACGAGCUUAAGGGAAGCAGUGAUGAGGAGGAGGAAGAGGAAGAUGGUGAUGAAGAGGACGAUGAGGAAGACGAUGGUGAGGAAGACGAUGCAUCCAGUGAAGAGGAGAUGGACACGGGGGCAAAGGCAAAGACCAGUUCUAAAGGAAAGGCUCCACUCAAAGGACCUAUGAGGAAGAAACGAGCCUAUGUGGAAAUUGAAUAUGAGGAAGAGACCACGCCCGCCUCAAAGAGCAAAGCUACAUAGAUAUACGUAAACACCCUCUGAGCUGCAUAUCUCUGUCUACAUGUCUGUGGUCAUGUAACCCCAGUUCUUCAGCGAGGGCACAAAAACUCUGGAACUCCAUAUUCUAUGGAUUUGUCUGGCUUUGGACUGUACAGCGUAUUUGUGUGUGUGAUUACAUCAUUUUUAACCAUCGAUUUGGAAAGUCAAUUGAAAGCAGAACAUUUUUGCUUUGGAUAAUUGAAUAAUAAAUAUGAUUUAUUUGUUAUGCCCCCAAAAUAAAUCUGAUUUUGUACUCCAGCUAAACAAAUGCCUUUUUCUCAAGGCAAUUGUUUUGGUUUGGUUUUCCUAGGUCAGAAUGGGCAAUUGCUCUGUCAGUUAGCAUUUUGCUAUCUUUGCUGCGCUUUACUGUAUGACUUGUUUUGGAGUUUUUUCACAUGCAGCUUUGCGCUAAGUUGAACAUUGGGGUUCCGCUGAUAUGCAACUAAACCUUUUGGAAACCGGAACUACGAUACCCAAACUGUACAAUGAUCUAAGACUCUUAAUGAUGUCAAUAACGGAGUUUGAACCACACAAAUAACAUGUUAUUCUUAUUCUUUUUUUUUUAUUUUUAAACAAGUAAAGAAUAUAUAAUUG